AUGGGAGACCUGCUCGAGGUACCUGCAUCUCUGUCCUUGGUGUUCACUGAGCUCUUGGAGCAGGCUGAGGGUGUGGGCUUCUUCCAAGCCCUGCAGGGCCUCACCUCCUUCCUCCUCUCUGUCUGGGCGCCCAUCCAAUUAGUUGAGGAGAACUUUUCAGCUGCUGUCCCAGGCCACCGCUGCUGUGCCCACAUGCUGGACAAUGGCUCUGAGGCCCCCGCAAACCUCACCCCCGAGGCCCUCCUGGCCGUCUCCAUCCCACCGGGCCCCAACCAGGAGCCCCAGCAGUGUCUGCGCUUCCACCAACCACAGUGGCAGCUCCUGGACCCCAAUGCCACGGCCACCAACUGGAGCAAGGCUGCCACGGAGCCGUGCGUGGACGGCUGGGUCUACGACCGCAGCACGUUUACCUCCACCAUCGUGACCGAGCAGGACCUGGUGUGUGACCACCAGGGCCUGAAGCCCCUAGGCCGUUCCAUCUACCUGGCGGGGCCCAUGGUUUGGGCGGAAAAGCCAGUUCUGAGCUGGCGCUGCCUGCAGGGCGUGGCCAGCGUCAGCCCCAUCGUUGCCCCCAGGUUCCUUGUCUGAUUUUUGAGCGCUUUGGGAUUGUCUGGCACCAUCCUGACCUCCACGACGCUCAUGGUGCAGCGGACCGCGACCCGCACGGGGGCCGUCACCAUGACGAUCCUGAGAUGUACCUACAGCAUCGGCCAGACGGCCACGGGCAGCCUGGCCUUUGCCCUGUGGGACCGGCGAGCCCUCCAGCUGGCCUUGUUGGUGCCCUUCUUGGUCAUCUUCCUGAUAUCCUGCCAGCAGGUCUGCUGCCCACCACCCCCUCCCCACCUGACCUGGGGGGAGUGCCCAAUCUACAGGAAGAAAACAAAGACCCAGCCAAGCACCUGCUUCUUUAACCCGUGGCUGCCAGAAUCCGCCCGAUGGCUGAUUACGGUGGGCAAAACAGAUCGAGUGCUUCAGGAACUCAAAAAGGUGGCCAAGAUAAAUGGCCACAAGGAAGCCAAAAAGACACUGACUAUAUAGGUACCGAUGUCCAGCACGGAGGAGGACGUAGCCUCUGCAAAGUCCCGCCGGUCAGGGCCGGACCUGUUCCGAAUGUUCGCGCUCUGCUGGAGAAGCUGCAGACUGUUGGUAGUGAGCUCGUCCCUUGCCCUCUCCUACUAUGGGCUAGUCCUCAUCCUGCAGAACCUAGGGAACAGCAUCUUCUUCCUCCAGGUCCUCUUUGGAGCCUUGGACUUCCGGCCCCGGGUCACCACCACGCUCGUGCCCAGGUUCUUUGGCCGCCACAUGACCCUGGCCGGCUCCCUGGCUGUGCCUGGCCUCGCCAUCCUGGCCUACGUGCUGGUCCCACAAGAUCUGCAGACCCUGCAUGUGAUCUUGGCUGUGCCGGGUAAGGGAUGUUUUGGCAUCAGCGUAACCUGCAACACGGUCUACAAGCCGGAACUCUUCCCAACUUCGCUGCGGAUGACAGCAGAAGUCUUCCUGCAUUCAGCAGGUCAGCGGGGGUCUGUAAUGGGCCCCCUGACCAGGAUGACCUUCCCCUGCUGCCUCCCCCUCUACGGUGUCACCCCCAUCGUUUCCAACCUCAUUGUCCUCUUCCUCCUGGAGACCUGGGGACUUCCACUCCCUGACACCAUCCAGGACCUGGAGAGACAAUGA